AUGAACAGCGAGGCGGACGAGAUCGCCUCUCUCGUCCUGAAGCAAUUCGACCGGCUGCCAGCUAAGCGCAAGCCUCCUGUCCGUGAUAAUGGAACACAUGAGUGGGUACCGCUGAGCGGCAUAGUAGCCAGAGGGACUAAUGGGAAAGCAACAUGUCUUGCUCUGGCGACGGGCAUGAAAUGCCUACCGGCUUCGAGGCUAUCCCUCGCCAAUGGUGUAGCCGUCCAUGACUGGCAUGCCGAGAUACUUGCCAUCAGAGCCUUCAAUCAAUUUAUCUUGGAAGAGUGCCGCAACAUAGCCCUCCACGGACGGGCUUCCAAUUUCCUGCGACUUCGGACCGAGGAGGAACUCGCUGCCGCCGACAAGUCUGCCUUUCAUGGCCAGCCAUUCUCUUGGAAGGACGGCAUCACUCUCCACAUGUACUGCUCCGAAGCGCCAUGUGGAGACGCCUCGAUGGAACUCACAAUGGCAGCCCAAGAUGACGCCUCGCCCUGGGACAUCCCAGCUCCGCAACCCGCCUCCGUCUCUGGCUCCGCCGGCAGUGGGAGCGGGAGCGAACCGCCCGCCCUCCUCGGACGAGGCUACUUCUCUCAGCUAGGCGUCGUCCGCCGCAAGCCCGCCCGCGGCGACGCACCCCCCACGCUCUCCAAGUCGUGCUCCGACAAGCUCGCCCUCAAGCAGUGCACCUCCCUCCUCUCCUCGCUGACCUCCCUGCUCGUCUGCCCGGACGGCGUCUACCUGCGGACCCUGGUCCUGCCAGAGUCCCAGCACUCCGAGGCCGGCUGCAGGCGGUCCUUCUCGGCCGACGAGGGCCGGGGCGGCCGCAUGCACCCCGUCGCGGGGAAGCAGUGGAGCGGCGGGUACGCGUUCAGGCCGUUCGAGGUGCAGACGACGAGGCGCGAGUUCUCGUACUCGAGGCGCAGCGUGGCGGCGCGGGCGGACAAGACGGCGGCGAGCAACCUCGCCGUGGCCUGGGCGAGAAACGGCCUGGAAGAGAGCCUCAUCGGCGGUGUCUUGCAGGGCCGGAAGCAGUUUGAUCUCCGGGGAGCGACACCCGUGUCUCGCCGGAAGAUGUGGAGUUUAGCUACCGAGGUGGCUGCCCUGGUGGGGAUGAGUUGUGUCGCCAUUCAAAGCCUACUUCGGUCGAGCACGUACAAGUCUGUCAAGGAGGGAGAACUGCUCUCGGCGAGGCGGCAAGUGAAGAGUGAAGCAAGGGCUAGGGCUCUCGCAGGAGCAUGGCGGUUGAGCAAGCCUCCUGAAUACAUUUGA